AUGCUGGGAGAGAAGGCCCGGACGAUCGUUAUGCGCGAGAUGGGCGGAAACUACAAGAAUAUCAGGAAACUGCCUGUUGAAGAGCUUCUGCCUCAGGAGUUUGACAUCAAAGCAUCACUUGAUGCAGAAGAAAAGGACUUGACGAUGGAGGAGGCCCUGGCCAACGUUGAUGAUAUCCGUCCCACUGACCCCAUCGUUUCGCAAAGUGAAUUCGACGGGUUGCUGGAGGUGCUCCUUAAUGGAUUCACGGUUGCUCAGCUCAGAGCAUAUCUCGCGCGCGAAAAUGCAAAGACUCGGACAACGCCUGUGGAGGAAAAGGUUUCGCAGUACGGUUGGGUUCAAGACGAGAUCCCCUGGACCCCCUUCCUAAAGCCGGAGAUCGCCGGCUCUCCCAAGGAGAGACUUGCCUUAACCCUCAUGAUUGAAGCUUGGCGUUUAAGCAUCAGGGAAAUGGUUGAUGGCACCGGCUUCUAUAGCGCCAAGAUCAGGGAAAGGAUUCUUGCACUCUUAGCGAGGGACCACAAGAGACUCGAUACUAUCAGAGAGGCUUAUCUCGAUGAGGGCGAGAGCAUUGAGCUCACCAAUACACGAGUGAUGAUCACAGCCACCAAGGCCAAGACAGAGACCAUUCUGAAGAAGCUGGACGAAGCUGCUCAGCUUGUCACUACCAAGCAAGUCAGGGCCACUUGGCUUUCCAACUGCGACGCUCGCUCUAAUUUAUUGCAUCAUCUUGGUCAUCUUACCAACACAGUUAUCACAUAUAGCACUAAGACACAAACCCUUCGCAUUUCAUGGUUCAGAGACGAAACAGCGGAGGAAAACGACGUCGGCGAACAGUUAGAAAACGUUGUUCAACGUCUUUUAUAUACCGCAUUUCAUCCCAGAGACACUUCUGUCUCUCUCAAGUACGAUCCGAAGGACAACACCGGCACACUUGUCUCCGAGAUCCGCGGACAGGAAAAGCUAUCAUGGAAGAACCGACUCACACAAUGGUCUCGCUAUGUGAUACCAGUCGGUCGCAUUUCUCCAGAAGAAUCAGCAUUCCCUCUCCAGGCUAGCGAUGCUCUGUCUCGUCCUCUUCAACGUCCCGUCCAGGAUUUCGACACGCGUUGGAGCAAGAAAUACACCACCACCGUCGCCUCCUUUGGCCAUAUCCUUCACAAGAAUCAAGACUCUUUCAGCCUGGCUGCGGCGGCCAAGGCCAACAAUCACAUCUUCUCACCGACUUCUCCUCAUCCCGCAGGUCUUACUGCCUUGUCUGAGGCGCUUGCUACAAUCCCAACGCAACCCAUCCAGACGACUCUCGUCCUCGGCUUCCAUCCGCAUCCUUCUUUGCAAGAGAUAGAAGACCUGCCGCGUCAUCUCGAACUUCGCCUUGUCGUUCCGGAGGAGCUUCCCGAGGGUCCUCUGACGUGGGACGAUUGUAAAAAAGACCUGUUCGCGGUCCUCGACCAGAGCUUCACCGACGUCGCAUACCCCUCCGAGCCCGUUGACCUGCGGCUGUCUCAGUCGUUACUCUCGGUCAUGUCACCUGCUGCGCUCGACGCCUCUCCUUUCCGUGAGUAUACCGAAAAUGCCAAGUUGGACCUUGUAGCGGGCCGUCUCCGCCCGCCGUCUGAGAUUGAGCUCUCCGAACUUCCCUCUGCGAUGGGUGAUGGCAUCGUUGGCGGGACGGCCACGUACGUCUUCUCUGGCCUCGAGAUGCGUCGGACUCUGGAUGCCAAGUACAAGGGCCACAAGCUUCACUACACGAGUGUCGAGGCGGGUCUGCACGGCGGUCGGCGGUCGGAGCUGGUUCUUGAAGCACGGACAAAGGAGACUGAUCUGUCGGACAAGUCAAAGAAUGCAGUCGCUGACCAUUACCUUUCUGUGGUACACGACCUCGUGACGGGAAGGGUCAUGAAAUGGGUUGGAGAGAGAGAUAUCGCGCGAGAGUUCGAAGAUGUCAAUGUUGGAGACGUUGAGGCAGAGCAAGCUCAGAAGGAGACGGAGUAUGGUAUCGCCGAGGAGCAGUCGAGCACGGUAAAAGCGUCUGUCGAUUCCGGCGCCAUCGAAAAGGGUGAGAGUGAAGCAACCGAACCCAAGGAGCAGGAAGCAGGCACUGUCUUUACGGAGGAAGGGGAGGUUCAGACCCAACAAAAGGAUGGCAUGUAA